CCGACCCAGAGCGCAUGCGCAGAACGUUUGCUCACUGGUGGAGUAGCUAGCUGCUAGGCUACGAAUCCAGCCACCAUGGAGAGGAAAGUUCUGGCACUCCAGGCAAGGAAGAAGAGAGCCAAGGCAAAAAAGACCACCAAAAAGCAACCACCAAAUGUUCGAUCUCGGCAGCCACCACAACAAGAAACCUCACCUCAGGAGCCCGAGGAACCCGAGGAGAUUCUGGGCUCAGAUGAUGAGGAGCAGGAGGACCCCAAUGACUACUGCAAAGGUGGCUACCAUCAUGUUAAAGUAGGAGACCUUUAUAAUGGGAAAUAUCACGUAAUCCGCAAAUUAGGAUGGGGACAUUUUUCGACAGUUUGGCUCGCCUGGGACAUCCAGGUUAAAAGGUUUGUUGCUAUGAAAGUGGUGAAGAGCGCUGAGCACUACACCGAGACGGCUGUGGAUGAGAUCAAACUUCUUAAGUCUGUGAGAAACUCAGACCCUGAUGACCCAAAGCGUGAGAUGGUGGUCCAGCUGCUAGAUGACUUCAAGAUCUCUGGUGUUAAUGGGACACAUGUCUGCAUGGUAUUUGAGGUGUUGGGGCAUCACUUGUUAAAAUGGAUCAUAAAGUCAAAUUACCAAGGGCUGCCCCUGCCGUGUGUAAAGAGCAUCAUCAGACAGGUUCUUCAAGGUCUUGAUUACCUGCACACAAAGUGUCAGAUAAUUCACACGGAUAUUAAGCCAGAGAAUAUCCUGAUGAGCGUUGAUGAGCCCUACGUCCGAAAGCUUGCAGCUGAAGCUACAGAAUGGCAGAGGGCCGGGGCUCCUCCUCCCUCUGGCUCCGCAAUAAGCACAGCACCAGCCCCUAAACAGACUGUGAAAAUGUCCAAGAACAAAAAGAAAAAGUUAAAAAAGAAACAGAAGCGUCAGGCAGAGCUGCUAGAAAAGUGCAUAAUGGACCUGGAGGAGAUGGAGAAGACCACAGAGACACGAGAGGACGACGAGGAAGAUAAGGACCCACAAUCUCCAAAGGGACGAGCCUGUGCGCCUCUAAGACACGUGUCUCUUCAGGAAUUCAGAAAUGAUGAACUAGCAGAGCAAAGUGUAACCUCAAAUAACCAGAGAGAGGGGCCAGAUGAGGUGUCAGAGGCCAAUUGUAACGGCCAUUCGGAGGUGGAGGAGAGGCAGUCCAACUGUACAAAUGAAGACCAACACAAUGGGAAUGCAGAGUUUCCAGAGGAGCAACAUGAAGUCCACCCACUGUGCAACGGAGUGGAGUCCACAGCUUUCAAUGAGCUGUACUGCGAGAUUGACAGCAGGGGGGAAUACAGCAGAGGAGUAACUCAGCGACACCCUCCUGCAGGGAUGGAGGAAGGAGAACUGGAACCAAGCAUUUUGCAAGACGAAGAUGAGGAGGAUGAGACAGAGUAUCAUUACAGAAUCCAGGACGGCUUGAGAAACGACAAGUUGACAGCAGGCUCCUUGUUGGUUAACCCUCUUGAGCCGGGCAACGCAGAGAAGAUCAAGGUCAAGAUUGCUGACCUGGGGAACGCUUGCUGGGUGCAUAAGCACUUCACAGAGGACAUCCAGACCCGACAGUACCGGUCGUUAGAGGUGCUCAUUGGUGCAGGAUACAGUACACCAGCUGAUAUAUGGAGCACAGCCUGCAUGGCCUUUGAGCUUGCCACUGGUGACUAUCUGUUUGAACCUCAUUCUGGUGAAGAUUAUUCCAGGGAUGAAGACCACCUUGCUCUCAUGAUAGAGUUGCUUGGUAAAAUCCCUCGCCAUUAUGCUCUGAGUGGGAAAUACUCGCAGGAAUACUUCACCAAGAGAGGUGAUUUGAAACACAUCACCAAGCUGAAGCCGUGGGGCCUGCUGGAGGUGUUGGUUGAGAAAUAUGAAUGGCCCCGUGAGGAAGCAGAGUGCUUCUCUGACUUCCUACUUCCCAUGCUGGAGCUGGUCCCAGAGAAAAGAGCCACUGCUGCAGAGUGCUUGCGCCACCCCUGGCUCGCCCUCUAGUGGACAUGUUCAGGCGUUGCACCUCCCUUUCCUUCCCUUCCCACUUCCUUAAGAGACUGCAACAGAUCACUUUCCACUUUGGGCAUAUCAGAUGAAUAUUUAUUUCUCUUUUUGUUGCAAUGUUUUGCAUUUCUUAUGUUUUUGUCAAGCUGUUGCUUCUGUGUAUGUUUGCUUUGUAUUUGUUCGUUCUCCUCUCCGUGUGACGUCGGGAAGCCAUUUGGAUUUAUAAUUUGAUGUCUGCUCCAGCUGCUGUGCUGUUCAACCCAUCCAACCAGGAGCAAAACUGUCUUUGUUCUGCUAGUGAAGCCUCCUUGUUUGUUACACUCCUGCACUAAAACUCAAAACAAAUCAAGGAUAUGUAGCCUUUUUUGUUCUUUAAAAAAGGACUUAUUUUUCUCAUUCAUUGUCAUUAGUGCUGUGUUCCUUUUUAAAAAUGAAUUAUUUUACCUUAUAACUCAUGUGUAGGGAUUCUUAUUUGUAAAGUAGGUUGAGAAAGUUGCACACUAGGCUGACAUUUACACUGACUGCGGUAACAUUCAUGUCAUUUCUGAAGCUCUCUAGAGUAUUUUGGGCACUCAUUAAGUUGUGCAUAUUUGGCUAUAACUAACUUAAUGUCACCUGGUAUUGGGAAGGCAGUGAAUAAAAAAUGAGAUGGUUUUGUUCUCAUGGGAGGCUGGUAUUCUCGUACACCAUUUUCAAUUCAGGUUUAGUGUUUAAAAGGUUUCAAUGAGAGAAAAUGUUAAAGACCAGCUCAAAAUAGGAGGGGAAGAGGAAAAUAAACUGUAUAUAUCUGUACCAAAGAGUUUGCCUUUAUGUAUAUUACAGUUAUGUACAGUUUUUAACAAAUCUUUUAUCUUAGCUAAAUUGAUUUAGCUGGGUAGCUGUGUUUUAAUAAAGUGUAUGGGAGAUGUUUGAGCUUGGUUGUAUGUAUGGCCAAUUAAGUAAUGUACAUGUUUUUAACUAUAGAGUCGGUAAGAUCUGAUGUUAUGUGGUGGUGUAGCAAACCAAUCAUAUCAAAGUAAGCUAUGUUAUCUGCUGAGACCUUAAGGUUAAAAAACAAAAACGACAUACAAUUUACAUUAGUGUCACAUUCAAAAGCAUAGACUUUGUGUGAGUUGUUAAAGACAAACCUGUACAACACACC